CCUGCCUGCGUUGCCCAUCAGCUCUUCCUCCACCCUUUGCCCCCCUCCUCCUCCUCCCCCUCCCGAAUCCGCCCGCGGCACGAAUUCCUCUCCUCCAAAUCCUCCUCGCGCCCCUCCCGGAUUCAGCUCCCUGGAUUUGAUCCCUCCUCUUGGCGCCCUUCAUUUCUCCGGCUUCCUCCUCUGCUGUUGAGUCCGGAGUCGCCCAAGAACUCGGGUUCUUGGCUUCUUGAUCCAAACCCUGCCAAUUCCGCGGGCCAGCGCGCGAGGGCUCGGUUCCGAGGUCCCCUGGGGCUGUUUGGGCGCCUCAAUCGGAGAGCCCGCCCGGGAAAUCCGUUUCCCUGACCUAAACGGGUGGGAAUUUCUUUGAUUCGCGAUGGAGCCGGAGAAGCAGCACAACGCCCAGCCUCCGGCGCCCCCUGCAGCUGCGCCGCCGCAGCCGAGGGCAGUGGCCCCGGCGCAUCCUCUGAUGCACUCGGCCAGGUGGCCAGUCUCCUUCACGCCUAUAAAGCCAGUGGUUGAAAUUAAGAGUGUUACUCCACCAAAGAGAAAGAAGCAGUGCAAUUGCAAAAAUUCACACUGCCUAAAGCUGUACUGUGAGUGUUUUGCAGCAGGACUUUAUUGCGAUGGCUGCAAUUGUAAACAAUGUGGAAAUAAAGUUGAGAAUGAACAUGCUAGGCAGGAGGCUAUUAACAGUACUAAGCUACGGAAUCCAAAGGCUUUUCAACCUAAGAUCGAAAACGUUCCAAGUACUCUUAGUGUUCGGAAGGAUGCUGGAGCACCUUCAGUUCCAAAACAUAAUAAAGGUUGUCACUGCAAAAAAUCAGGGUGUCUCAAGAAGUACUGUGAAUGCUUUCAAGCAAAUAUCCUUUGUUCCAAGAAUUGUAAAUGUAUGGAUUGCAAGAACUUCGAAGGAAGUGAGGAGCUACAGGCUAUAAUUCAAGGGGAUAAUGCAUCUGAUAAAAAUAACGUUCAGCAAGCAGCUAACGUCACUCUGAAUGGUGCCAUUGGAUCCUCUGGGUAUAAAUAUUCACCUGUACGCAGAAAAAGACACCCAGAAGACCCCCUUGGUCCAGAGGCUAACCACUUGGACGCUUCACAAGUUGCUUCUUCUAGUGGACUUGAAGGCUGUAUUGGUUAUCAGAGUAGAUCUAAAAUGGUCUAUAGGUCUCCGCUAGCAAACACUAUCCAUCCUACGGAUGUUAAUGAUCUUGCAAAUCAUUUGGUGAUUGUAUGCAGAAAGGCAACAGAAACAUUCCUGACAAUAGCUGACAAUAAAGUCGAGAUGGAAGUAGAGAGGGGAAUUUACACAAAUGCUGACCUAAACAAUGAUAAGAUGAAAAACCGUGAAGUUCAGAAUGGUGGUGUUAGUCAACCUGAUGUUGCAACCCAUAUAGAUCAGCGGACUGCUGGUGAUCUCGAAUCACCUUGCAAUAACACCCAAGAGGAUUAUAGACCUGCCUCUCCAGGAACACAGGCACUAUUGUGUGACGAGCAGGGCACCGCGUUUGGAUCAGAUUAUAGGACUUCAUUUCCAUCAGCAUUUUAUGAUCAGGACACUCCAGAGCUAAGCGCUCUGCAAGAAAAGACGGUGUUGACAGGGUUUCGAGACUACCUCCGGCUGCUUAUCACACGCGGGAAGAUAAAUGCCAAUAAUUCAGCCGGGAUGACAGAAGCCAACACAUCAUCCGAGCCCGCUAUGGAGCUGGAUGCUCGAAGAAACCAUGGAGCAACCACCGGCCCCGGUGUGAGUUCCCUUCCAUCAGAAGCUGUGGAAAGGCCAAAAGCCCCCGGCGGCCCCGAGAAUCCGAGAACAAGUGACCCCUCUGCAUAGAUUGUUGAUUAGAAGGCCAGAGUCAGCGUGACUGCUAAAGCAGUAGGUUCACCCACGAAAUUUGUAAUAACAAAGCCACCCUAUUCAUGUGUAUAUGUGGAUAGUUAUAGUCAAUGUUGCCGGUUUCCGGCAACCGGCCCGCCAUUGUAGCAUCGGUCAGUCCCGAGGUGUAAAAGUAGGCAAAGAUAGAUGUGUCCCUUGUGAUUGUGUAAUUAAUUUGAUCGAUACUAAUGAUUUUCAUAUUCUUUUCUUCUUA